AGACAGGUGAUGGCGCUCUAGUUCAGGGGAGGGGCGGAGACGUGUUAUCAUUUGGCGGCUGUAAAAGGCAUGAGCUAACAUCUGGGUAAAGAUGUAGCCUCAGACUCAUACAAGACCUAAACUGAUGAUCUUAUUUAGAAACAUCAGCGCACAUGGUAGUGUUAUUUUAACAUAUCGGCUAUUUUGCGUCUGUGUCGUAAUUGUUACUGCUUGCAGAACAAUAACAAAGGCUCGUUGAACUAGCGGGUAGUCAAUGCAGUGCAGUUGCUUGCAUUGGCAUGGUGUCUGUUAUGAUAUUAGCUGGAUAGCUAGCAUCUUUACCAUGUCGUAGGACCUAGUGUGUUGUAGUGCCUAGUUCCGAGCAGAUUUGUUACCAUCCCCAGGUUAGUGCAUGCCCAAAUAACAACCGAAACUCUAAGCCUUUUAUCAGUCAGCUGAGCUAAAACACUCACCGAAACUGUUCAAACCAGCAGUGCUUGAUUUAAACCACAAUGUGGACAACUCCUGUUACUUCGAAAACGUUGUUUUGAAUUUGUUUGUGACAGUUAAUGCUCUAGCAUUUCUCGCCGCCCGGUCCGUAAGAAUGAAUGGCAAAGUUAUACCUUACACCCCACUUGCCGUGGACUUCUGGCAGGUGCGGAAGUGUGCCCACGUCCGCCUGUUCUUCCUGUCGCACAUGCACUCAGACCACACGUCUGGUCUAACAUCCACCUGGAGCAACCGGCCCAUAUACUGCUCCCCCAUCACGGCUAAACUUGCCAAACUCAAGCUACAAGUGAAAGACAAAUGGAUCCAUCCGCUGGAGCUGAGCGAGCCUCACCUGCUGGCCCUGGACGACAUAGGAAAGGAGAAGAUGACUGUGACGCUCAUUGAGGCAAACCACUGUCCCGGAGCAGUCAUGUUCCUCUUCGAAGGAUACUUUGGCAACAUUCUAUACACUGGGGACUUCCGUUACACCCCUUCCAUGCUGCGUGAGUCCUGUCUGCGGACGCAGACCACCAUUGACGUGCUGUACCUGGACAACACCAACUGCGACCCCACCCGCACCCUGCCCUCCCGCAAGUGCGCCAUGCAGCAGGUCAAAGAGGUCAUCAGGGCCCACCCAGGUCACAGGGUCGUCAUCGGCCUGUACUCCCUGGGUAAGGAGACUCUGCUGGUGGAGCUGGCCCUGGAGUUUAAGACGUGGGUGGAGGUGACUGCGCAGCGGCUGGAAACGCUGCUCGCCCUGGAGCUCCCCGAUGUCUUCACCACUGAGCACGGCGCCGGGCGGAUCCGCGUGGUGAACCAGGAUCAGAUUCGGGCCGCAAACCUGCUCCAGUGGAACCAGGAAGAGCCCACCCUGGCUAUCCUGCCCACCAGCCGGCCCGUGGUGUCCUGCCACCCAAACGUGCACGUGGUGCCCUACUCGGACCACUCCUCCUACCAGGAGCUGGAGGACUUCCUGUCGGCGCUGCGGCCCAUCUCAAUAGUGCCCAUCGUGGGCACGGGGCUGCCCUCCUUCUCGGCCGUCUUCAGUCCCCGCAAGAAGCGUCGCAAGACGGUGGUGCCCGAGUCGGUUCAGCGUUACAUGACGUGCCAACCUGCCGGCCCGGUUCACUGGCCCGGGCAGGCCUUUCUGCCCCAGAGAGGGGCACGGUCAGUACCACGCGGGGUGGUUUUUGAGUCCCCUCCAAAAUGCCCCCCGCAUCGGAAGGGGGGCCCAUCUGACAAGGAGGCCAAUCCCACGGAGGACACGGAGAGCACGCUUAACGGCUCCGACUGCAUCCUGAUGGACAUGGAGCAGGGCUCGAUCAUCGACGUGGAGAGUGAGGUCAGCCUGCGAUUGGCCGAGGAGGAGAGCGAGGUGAACAUGCGAUUGGCCGGGGUGGAGAGUGAGCUGUGCCUGCGAUUGGCUGAGGACGGGGGAGAGAAUGAUGGGGUAGCUGAGAGCCAGCCCUCUCGCUCUCGCUCUCAGCUCGCUCUCGAACCCUGUGAUGACGGGACCGUGCAAACUCUUAGCAGAGCAGAGGCAGAGGGAAACUCGCCCAACAGAACCGGACCGACCCACCUGGACCGCUGCUCCUCCCUGGAGCGCAUCAGUCUCCAUGACAACGCCUGUGUGAUGGCCUCGGCGGCCGCCGCUACCCCGCGCGACCCCUCGCUGCCAGCGUUCCACGGCCAGGUGUAUGCGGAGGACACUGACAAGGGGGAGCAAUGGCUUCUGGGAACCCUAGUCUUCCCAGAGGAGGAACUGACCCACGGGUCUGAGGUUCUGGUGGGCCUGGGCAGACUUUACAACCUGUGCCCUUUAAACGGUCCAAAAGGAGCAGGAGACCCUUUUGAGGCUGCGAUAAAGAGAUUUAGAGCUGCUUUGGGAUGACGUGUGAACACUACAGGAAGUACAGGCAAUUUGGAGUAUUCUGCAGCAACACGCCGCCUUUAAGAUGAAGUGUUAUGGACAUUAUUUUGUACAGAAAUUAUGUUUCUUAACACAAAUGUGCCCUCAUGAUGAAGAAAAGCUCUGAUAAGCUGAAUGCUUCCCUGUGCCGGAACUGAACAGAAACUCCAUGUAUUCCUGUAGGUUUACAUUGUGUUAGCACCUUUUAUCUAGUGAUGGACAUAUGCCUUUUACCUGUUUGACAUGUGUGCCCACUUACACAUUGCGUUGGCUUCUUAUUGGACAUCAUUUCUGACAGCAACUCUUCUUUGUGAAGCCUUAUGGCUCUAAACAACAUGUACUCACACGCAGCUUUAGCCUGUCGGACAAUAAAGCAUGCAUACUCAUUCGUUCUUGUUUUCAUUCUGUCUGCCAAUAAAGCAUGCAUACUCAUUCAUUCAUGUUUUCAUUCUGUCUGACAAUAAAGCAUGCAUACUCAUUCAUUCAUACUUUCAUUCUAUCUGACAAUAAAGCAUGCAUACUCAUUUAUUCAUACUUUCAUUCUGUUUGACAAUAUAGCAUGCAUACUCAUGCAUUCAUACUUUCAUUCGGUUUGACAAUAUAGCAUGCAUACUCAUGCUUUCAGUCUGUUGUUGCUGGUGUCGGACAGCACAGCCAUUGUGUCAGCGGUUAUGUUGCAGUAGUGCCCUGAAGAGUCUGCAUGUGUAACAUGAUAGUGUCGUAGUUUUGACUUCCUUCUCUUGGGCAGCAAGAGUGAAAACUUUGUAUUCUUUUUAUUAGCUGCUCCACUGUUCCAAAGCGCUACAUUUUUAAAGUGUUCUGUUCUGUUGUGGGCCGCUGAAAAUAAAAAGUGUGUGUGUGUGUUUUUUUUAAAUAACUGAUGUUGUGUCCUUCAGAGUGCCAUGUUCCUGUUCAUUUCUGUCUAUAAUAGUAUUAUUUUAUCUGGUCUCAGUGGUCAGUAGGCAUCCAUGGUCUUUAAAAAGGGUUAUUUCUCACAAUAGCAUUAAAGACCAGAGCCCAGCUUCCUGAAGCCUUCUUAAACACUACAUCAUCCCGUCAUAACUUAAACUACCUGUAACAUUUUGGGAUGUUUACCAGAACGUCCUUACCUAAGUAUACCCUUUGUAAGAGAUACUUUUGUAAGGUUGGUCUGGACCACUCUCAGCUAUACUUUAACACAGUUUUCAGAAAAAACUAAAAAUGUAGAGCCUAAAAACGUGUUAGUAUCUGGACGUAUGCACUGAUUGAAAACCAAGUUAUGUAUUGCGUUACAUUUUAUGCUUCACUCAAUAAAAAGAAAAACAUUGGUGUAAA